UAGCGUUAUUUCAAAUACUCCACUGCCUUCCUCCAAAUACGCCACAUAUUCUGCUGGCGUUCCACUCUCCAAAUCUCAAUUCUCUCCAACCUCAAUUCCCUACAUAACUACUUCCGUCACCACAUUGUCCUCUCCGGGCAACAACAUGAAUGGAGUGAGCAAUUACGUCAGCGAUGCUGGAAAUGACGUCACCAGUUACAUGACGUCACCUUCCGUCAUCAGGAAGCAUGACAAUUUGGCUAAGAAACCUUUGCGCAACGUUUUGGAACCUCUUGCUGAAAAGAAUGAAGCAGUGUCUGGAGGAGAGAAUUAUGAUAAAUUUCGAGACGCGUUGAAGUCUGUGGUGUGCAUAGGUGACCCCAGAAAGUUGUUCACUGAACUUGUCAAAAUAGGCGAGGGUUCCACGGGCAUUGUGUACACGGCCCUCGAUCGCAACCGGAAGAAGGUCGCUGUGAAGAGGAUGGACCUGAGAAAGCAGCAAAGAAAGGAGCUGCUUUUUAAUGAGGUACUGAUAAUGCGGGACUACCAUCACCCAAACAUCGUGAACAUGUACAGCAGUUACUUGGUGGGGGAUGAACUCUGGGUGGUCAUGGAAUAUUUGGAGGGGGGUGCCCUUACUGACAUCGUCUCAUCAUCACAUUCCAAAAUGGAUGAGCAGCAGAUAGCAACGGUAUGCAAGUCAGUGUUGUUGGGCCUGGCCUACCUACACGAGAACAACAUCAUACACAGAGAUAUCAAGUCAGACUCCAUACUUUUGUCCAGAGAAGGCAUUGUGAAACUAUCAGAUUUUGGAUUUUGUGCUCAGGUAAGUCGUGACAUCCCAAAGCGGAAGUCAUUGGUAGGAACGCCAUAUUGGAUGGCGCCGGAAGUCAUAGCUCGUCUGCCUUACAAUCAACCUGCCGAUAUAUGGUCUUUGGGAAUUAUGUUGAUCGAGAUGAUUGAUGGGGAGCCGCCGUAUUUCAACGAGCCCCCACUCCAGGCCAUGAGGAAAGUUAGAGAUCUAGCUCCACCCAAAUCUAAAAAUAACCAUCGGAUCUCCCAACGCCUGCAAUCGUUCAUUGAAAGAAUGCUGAUAAGAGACGAAACGAAGAGAGCCACUGCAUACGAGCUGCUACAACAUCCAUUCCUCAAACAAACUGGCCCAUACGAUUGCCUAAUUCCCCUAAUCAGACGGCCGUGAUGAUGACGACGACGAUGGAUGGUGGUGGUGGCCAUGAGGGCGGCCACAAUAAUAAUGACGACGACGACGUUGCGACGAUUUGACAUCAGUAUUGAAAUAACUUUUUGCAUAAAAAUUUUGCGUUAUAAACGAUCAAACUAAUAAAUACAUCUUUCUUAUUACAACCAUUACCAAUGUGUUGAUCACCCAGAUUGAAACCACCAUCACCUUCAUCAUGAUUAUUAUGUAUUUAUUAGCCAUAAUUUAUCACCAGCAACACCAUAAUUAAUUAUAAUUAAUUAAUUAUUAUUAAUACUAGUUAUAAUUUAAUCAGUGUCAUUAUUUUAUUGUUACACUUUUUCAUUAUCAUUAUUACAAUACUUAUAUAAAAUAGGGGUUUGAACUACAAACUUUAAUUAAUAACAUUUUAAAUUAAAUAUUAAUAUAAUUUGAGUUUAACAAUAAUUUUUUUCAAGAGUCUGUUGAAUAAAAUAUAUUAUAAACCAAGCACACAGACACACAUAUACACAUACAAUACAUCCAACAUAGUAUGCUUGGUCGUUUCUUUAAAUUAUUUUCAUCAAAGUUUUUUUUUAUAAAAUAUUAUCCUAAUUUUGAAAUAUAUAGUUUAUUAUUAAAUAUGAACUAUUAUUAAAUAUAAAUUAUUAU